AGAGGUCUCUUGAGGCACUCAUGUGCCGCUUGUUGCCGGAGUGUAACCGGUCUGAGAAUGACUGAAUGUGUGUAGUGGAAAGAGGGCGGCACAUCAUCAGCCCUUACACAUGAUGCAUAUUCUUGACCAGCUCAGACUCAGACGGCCUUUCUCGUUCUACUUGUUGAAGGGGACGAACUUGUUUGUGUAUCCCUUAAGGAGUGGAUGAAAGAAGAUAACCCAUUUCGGAGUCAUGAUUGUUGUGUGUGAAAUGAAACGAGUGCACAUACCUUGAACGACAUUCCAUGGCUCGACCAGUCGAAGCUUCUCUGUCGUCAGCAGUUCUCGGCAAAUGAACAAGACACAGAUGAGUCUCCAUGUUGUUGUACAAUGGUGUCAGGCUCCGAAACCGACCUCCGUGUUUUGAACAACCAAAGAAUAGGGUUGAACCUUAUUUGGGCCACGAGCUUACAACCGACUCCAACGUAGUUUCAAAGAACAACUUUCCAUCAUAUCUCCUCGGACAGAGCAGGGCACGUGACAGAUAAAAUCUCCCGAUUUUUUAGCACGUAACACAAGAUUCAACACCAGAACAGAAAGGGCGAGCAAGAACUGGCCCCUAGAACGCGCAGCACUAGGGACAGAGAAUGCAGACAAAAGGAAUCUGUUCACCAACGCCUUUCCAAACGAGCCGCAGGCGCUGCAACCCCUCUCGAACGGCCACUUCAUAUCUAGACAUGAUACUCACAGGAAUGUGCUCCCCCUCAGCGUCACGGGCCCUGAACAUGGGCUGUUGACUCUCCCUAACGGCGACUGUACCGGAUAUUCAGGUCCAAGAGCUCAAAACCACUUGAUCCAGACCAUUUGUAUCGCUUCGGUAACCCCUAAACCUCGAGGACUUCGAGCAACUGGUCGGGGAAAGGGGGAAGGGGCUGGCAGUGUUGGAGCGAGAGUACUGGAGGACAAGGAAGCGGAGGAAGUGUACGUAUUGAGCUUCAGAGGAACCGAGACAAGAUCCGGCUAUGGCAUGCAGGUUGGCAACGCUGUUGCCAGCGCUGGGUCACUCGUCCACGUUACCGGCGGCCGCUGCCCACUCGGCCAAAUUGAUCUGCAGCAAGCCUUUCUCAGGGUUGGCUCCUCUUCGUUCUGUUGUCCAAUCGGCGGCGGGUGCUCCUCCCAGGACGCAGCAACAGCAGCAAAUUUUGGCUGUUCGUGUUGCAGGCUGCCGUGCCAUGGCUUCUUCGACGGACUCCCUGCCCGAUGUGUCGAACCUCACCAUUGAUGUCUCAGCAGGUCCCAAGAAAGCUCUGAUUUCGUUGUCGGACAAGAAAGAUCUUGAUGUUCUUGCGAAAGGCCUGUCGGAACUCGGAUACACCCUGGUGUCCACCGGUGGGACUGCAUCAGCUUUGGAAAAAGCAGGCUUUGAAGUCACAAGAGUGGAGCAGCUUACUUCGUUCCCCGAAAUGUUGGAUGGCCGAGUCAAGACACUACAUCCAGCCGUGCAUGGCGGUAUCUUGGCGAGAAGAGAUUUGUCAAAGCAUAUGGACUCUCUUGAAGAGCAUGGAAUCGGUACUAUUGAUGUCGUGGUGGUAAACUUGUACCCUUUCUACAGCACAGUCACAGCGCCUGGAGGCUGUGACUUUGAUAAGGGUGUGGAAAACAUCGAUAUCGGUGGACCUUCAAUGAUAAGGGCAGCAGCAAAGAACCACAAAGAUGUGCUUGUUGUGGUCGAUCCUGAAGACUAUUCCGCGAUGUUGGCGAACUUACGAGGAGAAGGAACAGAAGAAUCGAAUGAGACGUUCCGCAGGAGACUAGCAUGGAAGGCCUUUCAACAUUGUGCCUCGUAUGACACCAUUGUUGCUGAAUGGUUCUGGAGGCAAACUGUUGGCAUGGAUAGCUGGAGUCCUCCUCCUAGUAUGAGCGUACCUCUCUCCCUCAAACAGGUUCUUAGGUAUGGAGAAAAUCCCCAUCAAAAUGCUGCUUUCUACGUCGACAAUUCGCUUGCAGAAGUGAAAGCUGGAGGAAUUGCCACUUCCAUUCAGCAUCAUGGCAAGGAAAUGUCCUACAAUAAUUAUCUGGAUGCCGAUGCUGCCUGGAACUGUGUAUGCGAAUUUACCAUCCCAACCUGUGUAGUGGUGAAACAUACGAAUCCUUGCGGUGUAGCUUCUUCGGAGAGCGACCUUCUGGAAGCCUAUCGUCUGGCCGUCAGAGCUGACCCUGUCAGUGCAUUUGGAGGCAUUGUUGCCUUCAACGUGGAAGUGGAUGAGGCUCUUGCACGUGAGAUUCGAGAAUUUAGAAGCCCAACAGACGGACAGACAAGAAUGUUUUACGAGAUAGUGGUUGCACCCAAGUUCACCCCGGAGGGACUGGAGGUUUUGAAAGGAAAGUCCAAAACGCUUCGCAUUCUCGAAACUGAACCUAGCAAAAGGGGAAGACGUUCACUGCGACAGGUUGCAGGGGGUUGGCUUCUACAGGAGGCUGACGAUCUCACACCCGACGACAUUGACUUCGAGGUCGUGACCAACAAAGUUCCCACAUUGGAGCAAGUGGAAGAUGCCAAAUUUGCCUGGCUUUGUGUGAAGCACGUGAAGAGCAACGCCAUCGUGUUCGCCAAGAACAAUAAGAUGUUGGGUAUGGGAAGUGGCCAGCCCAACAGAGUGAAAAGUCUCCAAAUAGCUCUGGAAAAGGCUGGUCCAGAAUCGAAGGGAGCCGCAGUAGCUAGUGACGCGUUCUUCCCAUUCGCUUGGAAUGAUGCUGUCGAGGACGCUUGCAAGGCCGGAGUAGCAGUUAUUGCGCAGCCCGGAGGUAGUAUGAGGGAUCAGGAUGCCAUAGAUUGCUGUAAUAAGUAUGGGGUGGCCAUGCUUUUCACCAAAGUACGUCACUUCAGGCAUUAGUUAUCGUCCCUCAAAAUCAAUUUUGUCCCCAGUAAUUUGUAGAUAUUUCUUCCCUUGACCAGUGUUGCUCAUCACCUUUCUCAGUACCAUUCAAUUCGCAUUGGACGGAUCCAAUUAGAUCCGUUCAAACGCUGAGACUGUUAAACCUUCCAAUGCGGCAGUUAUGAACUGUUCGGAGUUUCUACUUGCGAAGGCAGCUGGUCCUGUUGCUACUUAGACUGUUCGAGGUAGAGCAUCGAACCGCAGUUUUGUGUUGUGAGUCCACCUGAAUCGUAACGGAAUAAAUCAGACCCCCAAAAUGCACUGCAUGAAUUCGAGCUCUUCAUUCUAACAAUCAAAGCCCAUGCCUUGAAACCAGGCCUCACCAUGUUCUUCACAUUCUACUGAUGCCUUCCCGUAUCAAUAUUGAAUGUGUCUA